AUGGCAUCCACUCCCAAAACUGCUUUUCCUACCUCUCAAUCGGCACCUCUAUCGCCCGCACAUGAAUAUGAUGUGCGAUCGCCCACCAACGAGGAUCCGCUGUUGCCACAAGAUCCGGUUUCGCCCACUCGACCUCGUACACGCACGUUAUCCAAGCUCAGUGUGACUGGGAGGAAGGUUUUGGCACUCGGAGGGCGAGCUAGCGUUCGCAGUACUUUUUCAAACACGUCCAGGGCGAGUCGGGGGUCCAGAAGAAGAAUGCAUGGGCGGGGGAUGAGCGGAGACUCUACUCGUUUGAGGGAAGGCGGGCGGUUGGAGUCGUUGACUAGGAGGGCGAGCGUCGACGCACUGACGCUGAAGGGACGAUGGAGGGAACUGUGCUCUACGGUCUCGACCGAGGAUAGCGAAGAGAGGGAUCAGCUUUUACUAGAACGAGCUCAGAGUCCACAUGGUCACGUCACCUCGUCCCAGAGCCUCAUGCCAGACCAGGAGGAACGGGAACGAGAGCGUACACGCAGUUUACCUCGUCCGCGUGCAAGCCUCGUGUCGUCGCCCAUUGAUGAAGACAAAACCCCGGAUUUAGACUCCUUCUCAUAUCCAUCAGUCACCAUGCCUUUAAAUAUUCGCCCAAAGGGGCAUAGGCGCGGAACCGCAUCAAAGGAAAACGCAUCACUGGAUAAAAGCCGUCUGUCGGUCGACCAGCGAGUCCGUCCCUCGCUCGAUUACAAACCUCGUCCGGGCAAGUCGCGCCCACGAACGAAGAGCGCCCCGCUCGGUGUUUCGCAACAGCGCAAGUCGGUCGAGGUUGUCGGCAUCUUGACCAACGGAAACAAUUCGGGUCGUACGACUCCUAAUUAUACACUUGGCCGAGGCGCCGGGCGGGUCGUGAUUGUGAAUUCUGCGACCACACCUAAUAACGUCAAUAAGAUGGGUACUCCGACUCGGAAAACGACACAAUCGAGUCCUGUGCCUACUGCUAUUGAUGCCGAGGCUGGAGGUCAGAUGCUGGGUCAGCCGGGUGUUAUCGUUACUGCUGCGACCCCACCUGCGCCACGACGGAGCUUGUCGAUGCCUAUUGAGGGGUUGCUGGGUGUAAUGGAAUUUGUUCCAGAGAGCUUUGAGGGCCGAAGGAAGGGAAAGAGGUCACGAAAGGAUUCUGCAAACGCUCUGAUUCCCCCGGUGCCCGAGGUUAAUGGCAAUGGUAAAGGAAAGAGAAAGGUCGAGCGGGAACCCACGGAUGCGUCGGAUACGACGGCCAAAAAGCCGAGAUUGAGCGUCGACGAGAUGGAUAUUACGUUUAUGGGCGAGCCGUUGUUUGGCGGGAAGCCCCAGCACCGACGAGGUGGUUUGGGUAGCCAAGCGUCAUCACAUCCUUCAACGUACUCCCGACACUCCCAAUCGUAUUCUCGCCAUUCGCAAUCUUACUCUCGCCAUUCUCAGUCGUACAAUGCUCCAUAUCCAUAUCCCACCCCUACUUCAUCUCCCGAGCCUGAGCACACCUCGAUUCCCAUGCAUGCCAUCUUGACCCCACGGGUCCAAUCACUCUACGGAACCGGAGCCAAACCUGACUAUUCGUCCCAACGCCAAUCUAUCAGCUCCAUCCCACGACCCAAGUCUCGCGCAUCGGCUCGAUCCAAUGCGACGGGUGCGAGGUCUUAUCGGUCCAAUAUGACGGGAGCCCGAUCGAACAAGACGAGCGCGAGUCAGCAGGGCCCAAAGCGUUGGCAAGACAAGCUACCGUUACAGGGAUGGUGUUUCUUGGUGGGAUUCGUUAUUCCGUUUGUUUGGUGGUACGCUGCGUUUUCGCGCGCCGAAAAGGGGUACUAUGGUGGAGGUAUUUGGAGCCGGGAUGUUGAGACUCAGUGGGAAGGCGUGAGGACGGACAUUCAUCGUGAUGAUGGUCGCAUAGAUGCGCAUACCUGGCGUUUCCGCUGUCGUCUAAUGACCGUCCUCUCAAUUGUGAUAUACGUUCCUGUAAUAGUGCUGGCCGCGGUGUUUGCAUGA